AUGUCAUUGACACCUGAUCAACCUUCGAAAAGCGGAGCCAUGACUCCAGGAGGUAUAGCGACUGAAUUAUCAAAAUUAGAUUUACCUGCACCAAGUGGAUUAAGAUUGUCUCUACCCGAUAAACAGAAUUCUAAACUGAAAUUGAACUCGACUUCACCUUCAUCCGAAAGAGGAGAAGGAGAAGGUGGACCUAUAAGUGCCAUUUCAAGUGCCAUUUCAUCUGUUUUCUCACCUAUCAGUACUCAAACAGAUGAUACAGGUGAUAUAUCGGGACCUGAACCAGAAGCUCUGACAGCUGCAAGAAGGAAAGCAAGAUCAGAAAGUGUUUCCGAACAACUAUCAACUACUUUAGCGGAAAUGAAAUUACCUCAACCAGAAAGAAUAUUCGGUCCAAACGAACCUGAAAAUAAUUCACCUGAUAUGGGAAAUACUAAACAAGGUGUAAACGAUGACGAUUGGGCUAAAAUAAAAUUAGAUGAUGAUACUCCUGAAGCUGUGAAAGAGCCUAAAAGAAUGACUCAUAGUAGACAUACUUCAAGAGCCGACGCUGCACUCCCUAAUAAACAACCCACAAUCAAGGAAACCCACGAACCAUCAGGAUCAUCCACUCCAAAUGUAGCUAAAGAGCAGAAAGUCACUCCAUUUGACGUCGAAGGUGAAGUUGAUGCAGAAGGUAAAGAUCUUGGAAUUGAUUAUGACAAAUUGACUAAGAGGUUUGGCGCGUCUUUGAUCUCACAGGAUGUAUUGGACAGAUUCGAGAGGUUGACAGGACAAAAACCUCAUCCUUUACUUAGAAGAGGAACAUUUUAUUCCCACCGUGACUUCAACUUGAUCCUUGAUCGAUACGAAAAAGGUCAACCAUUCUAUCUGUAUACUGGACGUGGUCCAUCAAGUGAUUCGAUGCAUAUGGGUCACUUGAUCCCUUUCAUGUUCACUGCAUAUCUUCAACGAGUGUUCAACGUACCCCUAGUUAUCCAGCUCACAGACGACGAGAAAUAUCUUCUCGAACGAGAUGUAAAGAAACAAGCUGAAAUCAUGAAGAAGAUUAAAGGAAAGAAGCCAAUUGACUUGCUCAGACAUUACAAGAAGAUGGGUCAAGACAAUGUCAAAGAUAUCAUCGCUUGCGGCUUUAUACCGGAAAAAACUUUCAUCUUCUCUGAUUUGGCUCACGUCGGUGGCGCGUUCUACGAGAAUGUAGUCCUCAUGGCCAAGACCAUAACCCAAAGUCAAAGUAGAAACGUCUUUGGUUUCACUGACUCGGAUAACGUUGGAAUGUUCCAUUUCGCUGCUGUCCAAGCUACACCGUCAUUCUCAAAUUCUUUCCCUCAAAUAUUUGGCACACGAGAUGAUGUACCCGCCUUGAUCCCUUGUGCCAUAGAUCAAGACCCUUACUUCCUUCUUACUCGGGAUGCAGCCGAUCGAUUGGGAUACAAGAAACCAGCCUUGCUUCAUUCUAAAUUCCUUCCCGCGUUACAAGGUGCAGGUACCAAAAUGUCAGCUUCAAAGGAGAACACAGCAAUCUUCAUGACCGAUGACAGUAAGAAAAUCGCCAAAAAAAUCAAAUCACACGCGUUCUCAGGUGGUGGUGCGACUCAAGAAGAACAUCAGAAGAAUGGUGGUGACCCAGAUGUCGAUAUCGCAUAUCAAUAUCUCAGUUUCUUCGAAGAGGAUGAUUCGAGAAUGGUGAAAUUAGCUCAGGAAUACCGAGCUGGAACUCUCAGUACAAGCGAAAUGAAAGCUGCUUGUAUCGACAAGAUUCAAGAGGUAGUAGCAGAAUUCCAAAAGAACCGAGCUGCUGUCACUGACGAGAACCUCGCAUACUUCCAAGAUUCAACAAGGAAGAUUGACCCUCGACCUAGAGCCAAGGAAAGUGCCGAAGCUGCUGUACCUGCAUCUGCUGCAUAG